CUUGCUUCACUUCCACAGAACUACCAUCAAAGUGAACCAGCACAGGACUCUCAGAUGACCUGCUACACAGCUUUGUUUUUAAAUUUACAAGGCAAAAGAACAUGGAGAACAAAGACAGCAGGAUGACAACAGAAUGGAACUCAACAAUGGAAAACAGAAAGCAAUCAGAUAGUAAACAAACAAGAACUGACAUGAAAACCCAAAAAGAAACUAUACAAAGACAAAGGCAACUGAUAUGUCAAGCAAUGGAGGAGAUCGAACAACUCUGGAGACAGACAGAAAGAAAAAGAAAUGAAAUUGACUUCUUAAAGACAAAGACAGAGGGGCAACAGGAAGACAUUGAGAGACUGACAUCUGAAAAAAACAAACAGCACCUACUAUUAAAGCAAUUUAACUUCCAAAUAAAAAAUAUAACUGAGAAACUCAAACAAAGCAAAAAUUCAGUUGCUAACGAAAAAACAAACCUUCUGAAAAUGUGGACUAAAAUAUACCAAGAGAAGGAUACUCUGGACAGAAGACGUCAAUACUUCAUCAAUGAGCGACACAAGCUAGACACUAUAAAAGCUAGUAAGACAGAAUCACCAAUAAAGGAGGAACCCAAAGAGCUCCUUAAUAAGCAGGAACUGGAUAUAUUGGAGAAUGCAACUGAGAAAAACAGGGAAAUAAUGGUUGAAGUAAAGAAAGUUAAAGAAAAAAUGGAGAAAACUAAAGCAAACAUACAGCAAGCAUUAAAAAGAAACAAAGAGGACAUUUCAAAAAACAGUGAACAAAUUAACCACAUUAAACAUAUUAUGCAUGUAAAGAUCAACAUGGUCAAUCACAGAUGGGCAAGCAUUAUAAAACAGGCUGAAAUGAAGGAAAUUCACAUGUAUAAAGAAGGACAGAGAGAAAGAAACGAUGGAAAAGCCACAUUUGACACAGUGAAGAGAAAACUGUGUAGAAUCCAGGAAGAGAUGGAGAAACUUUGGGAUGUGCUGGAAGACAGUGAACAACAACUGGAAGUGACUCAAAGUGCAAAGCAGCAGCUAAUGGCAGAGAACAAUCACGUGAACAUCAAGAUGAAUAUUGAUUAUCAAAAGCAACAAGAUUCAGAUCUAAGCUUGAAAGGGACACACAUCCAGCCUGAAAGAGAUGACUUAAAGAGAGUUAAAAUGAAACUAAAGACAGGAAGGGAAAAUGUAGAAAAAGACAAGCCAAAUACUUACAUGCAGAAUUUGAUCUCUGAGGAAGAAGAAAACAAUGUAGUGCUUUGUAUCAAGGGUGAAGAAACAAAGCAGAGCAUGAGGGACUUUACAGAAGUAAAGGCUCAAACCAAAUGGACAAAUUUUCGAGAAAAGCAAAAAAGAAGGGAGCUUGAGCGUCUGCUGGAGAAGAUAAUGAAAGAGAGGGAUGAGUUAGGAAUCAUGAAGACAAAAAUACAGCGACAAAAGGAAAGGGUUGAACAAAAACUGGAAAAUACUGUCACCGAGAUGAAAGGUAAAAUAGAAAAAACUGGUGCAGAAAUUAACAACACUUGGGAGAAAAUGUGGAGAACCCAAAGGGAGAUGAGUAAGAACCAGGAAGAAGCCAAGAACUAUACGGAAAAACUGACAUCCAUGAAAACUUGGGUCAACAAAUGGAUAUCGACACAGUCUACAAUCAAACAUACUUUUUCAGUGAAUGCAUCCAAACUUCAAGAAUCACAGAAAGAAAUAGACACAGACUCCCUCGAGGAUCAAACAUCAGCAAUUCCAAAGGACAAAAGGGGAACAGAAAGUAUAACAGAUACAACAUCAUUACAAAAUUCUGUAACAUUAGAUGAUCAGCAUCAAAAUAAAAAAAUAAAAGAACAACAGAAGGAGCAUUUUGAAUCCAAACAUUGUUUUGCAGAAGGCAAAAAUGGGGAGCAGGACUUUUGCUUACAGAUGCGAACUGAAAUUCAUGAAGAAGCAGUGCAUGAUAAAACUGAAUUACUGAUAAUUGUAAGAGAAAGGGAAGAAGUGGAAAAACUGAUACAUAACCUAAAGCAGCAAGAGGGGGAAAUAAAGGAACAAAUAAAGUACACUGUUGAUAACAUGAAAGAAAAAACUCAAGACAUCAAAAGGCUCAUUUUGGAAAUAAAUGACCUGCAGAAGGCAGACACUGUAAUUACAGUCGGGGAAACUGAAAAUGCCCAGGAAGUAUUAACUAAGCUGUUGGAAGAAACUGAACAGAGAAAGAUUUUGAUGGUGAACACCAAAGUUUUCAGAAAUGAAAUUAUGAAAUAUGAAGUACAAGAUGAGGACGAUGCCAAAAAAAUAAAACAAGAGUCUAGCUUGAUAAGACUUAAUGUUAACAAGAAAAAACUAAUUCAGAAAUCAGGAGAAGAGAUGAAAAAACACGUUGAACACACCGAUGAAGAUAAAAAGGACAGAGGAGCCGAUAUACAAAGACUCAGGGCAGAGAUUUACAAAACACAAGAGAUUAUAAGAACGCUAAGAGGAGGACUUGAGAACCUAGCGGAAAAAAGUAACAUGGACAAAUAUCAAAAGAAUGAAGGCAGUGAAAUUGAAGGAUUGCUAAAAGACAUCAAACAGUUUCAAGAGUUUCUGGAAAUUGUAAAAACCAAAAUAAAGCAAAGUGAAGUACAUAUGACAGAAGAAAUGAGCAAUAUGAAAUCAAUGAAAACUGCAGUGAAAAAGAAGAGAAGAGAAUUAGAUCAAAGGUUAGAAAAUACUUUGAAAGAGAGAGACGGAUUAGACAUCUUUAAAAUAAAAAUGCAGAGGCAAACUGAACUGAUUCGGCAGAAUUUAGAAAAAAUGGCAAAAGUUAAGAGCACAGUCGAGAAAAUAGCCGCUAAGACCAGAAGGAAAAUUGAAGAGAUAGAAAUUAGUAUGAAGGAGACUGAAAUAAAAGUAAGACAGUUUAAAGAUCUUGACUGUGUUAACCUUUACUUGACAAAAGGCGCAAACCCAGACAUGGAACAUGGUAUUACACCUAAGCAAAGAACUGCUCUUGAAAUAUUCAAGACUGAAAUUAAGAAGACAAUGGACAAUAAAAGAGAUAAACUGACAAAAAACAAAAUGGUCAAAGAAACUGAGGGAACAGAAAUCCUCAAACAGGUUAAUGAGAAACUGGAGGAUGUAAAACUUUCAUUAGACAGUCUGGGUCAAAAAAAUAAAAAAUCAGUUAGUGAGAAUGUAAAACAAAUAAUCAAGAGAGAAGAGACUGAGAUGACAGAACAGAUCCAAACAGCGAUAAAGAAUGAGAAAAUAGUUAAAAAGCUAACUGAAACAGAAAUACAGGAUGAACAGGUGAACCAUUUGAGGGAGAAAACUGAAAGACACAAACAGGAGCUUCAUGACAGAGUACACAUGACAAAAAGGAAAAUAAGAGAAAUGGAGCUGCUGCAAUCGGAAUUGAAAAUAAAGACAAAAGAAAUGGAGCGUUUUUUUAGAAAAAGCAUGAGAAAAAAGGAGGUAAUUGAAAUAAUGUGGUAUGAAAUACAACGAGAAAAGGAAGCAUUGAGGACCGAGAUCAAAAAGAAAAGAAGAGAAUUAGACCAAAGACUGGAGAUGACUGUGAGAAAAAGGGAUGAACUAGAAGUGUUAAGGGUAAAAUUGAAACGACAGAUGGAAGAGCUGGCUGAGGAGAAGCAGAGAGAUCAUAAUCUGUUCAUCCAUCUACCCAAUGAACAUGAAAAACAUUUGGAAAGUAAAGAUGUGAAAAUGUUAAUGGAGAAAAUUAAAAACCACAGCUCACAAGUUUCUCAGUAUAUUAUUUACAUCCAAAACAUAAGAGAAAAGUUUAAUUUACACAUGGGAACAAUUAGGACAGAGAUGAAAAUUCUAGAAAAUGUGAAUGCUCAUUUAGAAAAGGACAGAAAAGGAUUCAGAGAAGUUGAGGCUGAAAAUAAGAAUAUAACAAACAAAAUGAGGAGAUUAAAAUAUCAGCUUAAUAUAAUCUUCGGAAGAGUUACCAUACAAGACACUGCAGAGAUGGAUGAAACAAUCAGCAUCUGGGAAAAAAUCCAAAGACAAAAACAGAAGCUUGAUAUGAGACUAGAAAAUAUUAAAAGGGAAAGACAAGAGAUCGAAGCUCUGGUGGUUGAGCUGGAGAUGAAGAAAAGAGAAAACCAACGUGUAAUCAAAAUAAGCAUUCAAAAAGAACAGAAGAUAAAAAGAAUAUGGGCUACUUUCAAAGAAGAAAGAACUGCCCUCGUGAGAGAAACAAUGCGGAAAAAGGAGCUUGAACAACGACGAAAGGAGUUCAUCAAACAUCAAAGUGAACAAGAAAUAAAGCAGAAGUUGCAAAAAGAAAAGAAAGGGAUGCAAAGUGAAAUUGAAGAAAUGAGGAUGACAGAAAAAAGGAAGCAAAUUCAAAAACAAUGGGAACUAAUCAAGAAAUACUUAGGGGAAUAUAACAAGUUAAUUAAAAACACUCAAUUCAUCAUUGGAAUAAUUCAGAAUGAAAAUAAACACAUGCAAGACCAAAAAAAUUUCUACAUGACCACAAGGGAAGAAGCGCUGAAUAUUAAAAGCGAAUUAAAUAGGCAAAAGGAAAUUAUAUGGUGCGCAUUAAAAAAAAUACAACAAGAGCAAAAACAUGGGGAACAAGUGGAGACAAAAAUCAAGACGGAGCAAGGAAAACAUGAAAAUGGAAGGAAAAAAAUAUAUGAUAUAGAAAAAGAUGCCAUGGAUGACUUGAGUGCAGAUGACAGUCAAGACAAAGAAGAUCUUGAAAGAGUGACAGAGAUGUUGAAGAGGAACCAGAAACGUGACAUGAGAGGCUGUAAAAUCAAAAAAGAAAUAGACAUAUUAAAACAAAAAAGGGAAGACAUAAAAGAGGAAAAGAAAACAACUGAAAUAAAACAAACUGAAAAAAAAAUGAAAGUGAAAGAUUUCAAAAAAAUGUUUUGGGGCAAACAAAAAGAAAAACACAGUACUGAAUAUCUGACUGUAGAGAAAGAAUAUCACAGAGAACAGAUUAAGGAUGGUAUGAAAAGGAUUAUUUUAAAAGACACAAAACAAGACCUGAUAAAAAAAGAGAUGAAAAAACAAAACCAGGAAAAAGAAAAGGUCAACCAGAUGAAAACUAGACGUGAGAAUAGAAAAGAACUGUUGUUGAAGGAAAGGAGAAAUAUGGAAGAAGAGCGGUGUGAGAUGGAAAUGAGAGGAGACCAAGUCAUGGAUGAAAUGAAAUCACUAGAGAUUCUGAAAGUGAAACUUCGACAACUGAAGGAGGAUAUAAAAGCCAAAAUGGACAGAUUACUACAAAAUGUUGACAACAGGUCAAGGCUGCAAACAGUGUUGGAAGAAAAGCUUACAACCCAAGACAAACAGAAAGAAAACAUUCGCUGUUUCACUGAAAUGUUAGAGAGAGAAAAGGAAGGUGUGAGAAGUAUCCUUUCAGACAUGGUCACCAAGAGAGAAUGCACAGAAAAUGAAUGGAAGCAGCAGUUUGAACUGGACAAACGAGAUCUUGAUAAACUGAAAGAAGAUCUGAGACACGACAGAGAAGAUCUGGAGAGAGAAAGUGAGGUGCUGAAUAAAGAGAAAAUGGAUUUGAAGGUGUUGAUGUCUGACAUCAAGAAACAAUUUGAAAUAUUGGACGAAAAGAAACAAAAUAUAAAAGAAGAAAGAGACUCAAUGGAAAUCAUAAAGCUUGAACUGCUCCAUAAGAUGAAACAUGUAAACAGGCUGUUACAUGAGACAAAUGAAGAAAAAGCCAACAUUAAAAUUUGUAUCCUUGAGGUUCAAACGGAAAAAGAAAGACUUGAAGACAUUUUAAGCAAGAUUUUCUUAACACGUAAUGAACAAAAAGUCAAGGAAGAUGACCUCAAAAGACAAAUAAAAGAAGUGGAAAUCAUGAAAAAGGAAUUACAGAGUGAAAGAGCAAAAGUGGAGAGUCUGAUGAGGAAUCUGAAGAAGAAGCAAGAAGAGGUUGAACGUGCAAAGGAAAUCAUGAGUGAAGAAAAAGAAGAGGUGAAACAGAUGAAGACUGACAUUGCCAAAGAACGAGAACUGUUGUUGAAGGAAAGGAGAAAUAUGGAAGAAGAGCGGUGUGAGAUGGAAAUGAGAGGAGACCAAGUCAUGGAUGAAAUGAAAUCACUAGAGAUUCUGAAAAUGAAACUUCGACAACUGAAGGAGGAUAUAAAAGCCAAAAUGCACAGAUUACUACAAAAUGUUGACAACAGGUCAAGGCUGCAAACAGUGUUGGAAGAAAAACUUACAUCCCAAGACAAACAGAAAGAAAACAUUCGCUGUUUCACUGAAAUGUUAGAGAGAGAAAGGGAAGGUGUGAGAAGUAUUCUUUCAGACAUGGUCACCAAGAGAGAAUGCACAGAAAAUGAAUGGAAGCAGCAGUUUGAACUGGACAAACGAGAUCUUGAUGAACUGAAAGAAGAUCUGAGACACGACAGAGAAGAUCUGGAGAGAGAAAGUGAGGUGCUGAAUAAAGAGAAAAUGGUUUUGAAGGUGUUGAUGUCUGACAUCAAGAAACAAUUUGAAAUAUUGGACGAAAAGAAACAAAAUAUAAAAGAAGAAAGAGACUCAAUGGAAAUCAUAAAGCUUGAACUGCUCAAUAAGAUGGAACGUGUAAACAGGCUGUUACAUGACACAAAUGAAGAAAAAGCCAACAUUAAAAUUUGUAUCCUUCAGCUUCAAACGGAAAAAGAAAGACUUGAAGAUAUUUUAAGCAAGAUUUUCUUAACACGUAAUGAACAAAAAGUCAAGGAAGAUGACCUCAGAAGACAAACAAAAGAAGUGGAAAACAAGAAAAAGGAAUUACAGAGUGAAAGAGCAAAAGUGGAGAGUCUGAUGAGGAAUCUGAAGAAGAAGCAAGAAGAGCUUGAACGUGCAAAGGAAAUCAUGAGUGAAGAAAAAGAAGAGGUGAAACAGAUGAAGACUGACAUUGCCAAAGAACGAGAACUGUUGUUGAAGGAAAGGAGAAAUAUGGAAGAAGAGCGGUGUGAGAUGGAAAUGAGAGGAGACCAAGUCAUGGAUGAAAUGAAAUCACUAGAGAUUCUGAAAGUGAAACUUCGACAACUGAAGGAGGAUAUAAAAGCCAAAAUGGACAGAUUACUACAAAAUGUUGACAACAGGUCAAGGCUGCAAACAGUGUUGGAAGAAAAGCUUACAACCCAAGACAAACAGAAAGAAAACAUUCGCUGUUUCACUAAAAUGUUAGAGAGAGGAAAGGAAGGUGUGAGAAGUAUCCUUUCAGACAUGGUCACCAAGAGAGAAUGCACAGAAAAUGAAUGGAAGCAGCAGUUUGAACUGGACAAACGAGAUCUUGAUAAACUGAAAGAAGAUCUGAGACACGACAGAGAAGAUCUGGAGAGAGAAAGUGAGGUGCUGAAUAAAGAGAAAAUGGAUUUGAAGGUGUUGAUGUCUGACAUCAAGAAACAAUUUGAAAUAUUGGACGAAAAGAAACAAAAUAUAAAAGAAGAAAGAGACUCAAUGGAAAUCAUAAAGCUUGAACUGCUCAAUAAGAUGAAACAUGUAAACAGGCUGUUACAUGAGACAAAAGAAGAAAAAGCCAACAUUAAAAUUUGUAUCCUUCAGCUUCAGACGGAAAAAGAAAGACUUGAAGACAUUUUAAGCAAGAUUUUCUUAACAUGUAAUGAACAAAAAGUCAAGGAAGAUGACCUCAGAAGACAAACAAAAGAAGUGGAAAUCAUGAAAAAGGAAUUACAGAGUGAAAGAGCAAAAGUGGAGAGUCUGGUGAGGAAUCUGAAGAAGAAGCAAGAAGAGGUUGAACGUGCAAAGGAAAUCAUGAGUGAAGAAAAAGAAGAGGUGAAACAGAUGAAGACUGACAUUGCCAAAGAACGAGAACUGUUGUUGAAGGAAAGGAGAAAUAUGGAAGAAGAGCGGUGUGAGAUGGAAAUGAGAGGAGACCAAGUCAUGGAUGAAAUGAAAUCACUAGAGAUUCUGAAAAUGAAACUUCGACAACUGAAGGAGGAUAUAAAAGCCAAAAUGCACAGAUUACUACAAAAUGUUGACAACAGGUCAAGGCUGCAAACAGUGUUGGAAGAAAAACUUACAUCCCAAGACAAACAGAAAGAAAACAUUCGCUGUUUCACUGAAAUGUUAGAGAGAGAAAAGGAAGGUGUGAGAAGUAUUCUUUCAGACAUGGUCACCAAGAGAGAAUGCACAGAAAAUGAAUGGAAGCAGCAGUUUGAACUGGACAAACGAGAUCUUGAUGAACUGAAAGAAGAUCUGAGACACGACAGAGAAGAUCUGGAGAGAGAAAGUGAGGUGCUGAAUAAAGAGAAAAUGGUUUUGAAGGUGUUGAUGUCUGACAUCAAGAAACAAUUUGAAAUAUUGGACGAAAAGAAACAAAAUAUAAAAGAAGAAAGAGACUCAAUGGAAAUCAUAAAGCUUGAACUGCUCAAUAAGAUGGAACGUGUAAACAGGCUGUUACAUGACACAAAUGAAGAAAAAGCCAACAUUAAAAUUUGUAUCCUUCAGCUUCAAACGGAAAAAGAAAGACUUGAAGAUAUUUUAAGCAAGAUUUUCUUAACACGUAAUGAACAAAAAGUCAAGGAAGAUGACCUCAGAAGACAAACAAAAGAAGUGGAAAACAAGAAAAAGGAAUUACAGAGUGAAAGAGCAAAAGUGGAGAGUCUGAUGAGGAAUCUGAAGAAGAAGCAAGAAGAGCUUGAACGUGCAAAGGAAAUCAUGAGUGAAGAAAAAGAAGAGGUGAAACAGAUGAAAACUGACAUUGCCAAAGAACGAGAACUGUUGUUGAAGGAAAGGAGAAAUAUGGAAGAAGAGCGGUGUGAGAUGGAAAUGAGAGGAGACCAAGUCAUGGAUGAAAUGAAAUCACUAGAGAUUCUGAAAGUGAAACUUCGACAACUGAAGGAGGAUAUAAAAGCCAAAAUGGACAGAUUACUACAAAAUGUUGACAACAGGUCAAGGCUGCAAACAGUGUUGGAAGAAAAGCUUACAACCCAAGACAAACAGAAAGAAAACAUUCGCUGUUUCACUGAAAUGUUAGAGAGAGGAAAGGAAGGUGUGAGAAGUAUCCUUUCAGACAUGGUCACCAAGAGAGAAUGCACAGAAAAUGAAUGGAAGCAGCAGUUUGAACUGGACAAACGAGAUCUUGAUAAACUGAAAGAAGAUCUGAGACACGACAGAGAAGAUCUGGAGAGAGAAAGUGAGGUGCUGAAUAAAGAGAAAAUGGAUUUGAAGGUGUUGAUGUCUGACAUCAAGAAACAAUUUGAAAUAUUGGACGAAAAGAAACAAAAUAUAAAAGAAGAAAGAGACUCAAUGGAAAUCAUAAAGCUUGAACUGCUCAAUAAGAUGAAACAUGUAAACAGGCUGUUACAUGAGACAAAUGAAGAAAAAGCCAACAUUAAAAUUUGUAUCCUUCAGCUUCAGACGGAAAAAGAAAGACUUGAAGACAUUUUAAGCAAGAUUUUCUUAACAUGUAAUGAACAAAAAGUCAAGGAAGAUGACCUCAGAAGACAAACAAAAGAAGUGGAAAUCAUGAAAAAGGAAUUACAGAGUGAAAGAGCAAAAGUGGAGAGUCUGGUGAGGAAUCUGAAGAAGAAGCAAGAAGAGGUUGAACGUGCAAAGGAAAUCAUGAGUGAAGAAAAAGAAGAGGUGAAACAGAUGAAGACUGACAUUGCCAAAGAACGAGAACUGUUGUUGAAGGAAAGGAGAAAUAUGGAAGAAGAGCGGUGUGAGAUGGAAAUGAGAGGAGACCAAGUCAUGGAUGAAAUGAAAUCACUAGAGAUUCUGAAAAUGAAACUUCGACAACUGAAGGAGGAUAUAAAAGCCAAAAUGCACAGAUUACUACAAAAUGUUGACAACAGGUCAAGGCUGCAAACAGUGUUGGAAGAAAAACUUACAUCCCAAGACAAACAGAAAGAAAACAUUCGCUGUUUCACUGAAAUGUUAGAGAGAGAAAAGGAAGGUGUGAGAAGUAUUCUUUCAGACAUGGUCACCAAGAGAGAAUGCACAGAAAAUGAAUGGAAGCAGCAGUUUGAACUGGACAAACGAGAUCUUGAUGAACUGAAAGAAGAUCUGAGACACGACAGAGAAGAUCUGGAGAGAGAAAGUGAGGUGCUGAAUAAAGAGAAAAUGGUUUUGAAGGUGUUGAUGUCUGACAUCAAGAAACAAUUUGAAAUAUUGGACGAAAAGAAACAAAAUAUAAAAGAAGAAAGAGACUCAAUGGAAAUCAUAAAGCUUGAACUGCUCCAUAAGAUGAAACAUGUAAACAGGCUGUUACAUGAGACAAAUGAAGAAAAAGCCAAGAUUAAAAGUUGUAUCCUUGAGGUUCAAACGGAAAAAGAAAGACUUGAAGACAUUUUAAGCAAGAUUUUCUUAACACGUAAUGAACAAAAAGUCAAGGAAGAUGACCUCAAAAGACAAAUAAAAGAAGUGGAAAUCAUGAAAAAGGAAUUACAGAGUGAAAGAGCAAAAGUGGAGAGUCUGAUGAGGAAUCUGAAGAAGAAGCAAGAAGAGCUUGAACGUGCAAAGGAAAUCAUGAGUGAAGAAAAAGAAGAGGUGAAACAGAUGAAGACUGACAUUGCCAAAGAACGAGAACUGUUGUUGAAGAAAAGGAGAAAUAUGGAAGAAGAGCGGUGUGAGAUGGAAAUGAGAGGAGACCAAGUCAUGGAUGAAAUGAAAUCACUAGAGAUUCUGAAAAUGAAACUUCGACAACUGAAGGAGGAUAUAAAAGCCAAAAUGCACAGAUUACUACAAAAUGUUGACAACAGGUCAAGGCUGCAAACAGUGUUGGAAGAAAAACUUACAUCCCAAGACAAACAGAAAGAAAACAUUCGCUGUUUCACUGAAAUGUUAGAGAGAGGAAAGGAAGGUGUGAGGAGUAUCCUUUCAGACAUGGUCACCAAGAGAGAAUGCACAGAAAAUGAAUGGAAGCAGCAGUUUGAACUGGACAAACGAGAUCUUGAUGAACUGAAAGAAGAUCUGAGACACGACAGAGAAGAUCUGGAGAGAGAAAGUGAGGUGCUGAAUAAAGAGAAAAUGGUUUUGAAGGUGUUGAUGUCUGACAUCAAGAAACAAUUUGAAAUAUUGGACGAAAAGAAACAAAAUAUAAAAGAAGAAAGAGACUCAAUGGAAAUCAUAAAGCUUGAACUGCUCCAUAAGAUGAAACAUGUAAACAGGCUGUUACAUGAGACAAAUGAAGAAAAAGCCAAGAUUAAAAUUUGUAUCCUUGAGGUUCAAACGGAAAAAGAAAGACUUGAAGACAUUUUAAGCAAGAUUUUCUUAACACGUAAUGAACAAAAAGUCAAGGAAGAUGACCUCAAAAGACAAAUAAAAGAAGUGGAAAUCAUGAAAAAGGAAUUACAGAGUGAAAGAGCAAAAGUGGAGAGUCUGAUGAGGAAUCUGAAGAAGAAGCAAGAAGAGCUUGAACGUGCAAAGGAAAUCAUGAGUGAAGAAAAAGAAGAGGUGAAACAGAUGAAGACUGACAUUGCCAAAGAACGAGAACUGUUGUUGAAGGAAAGGAGAAAUAUGGAAGAAGAGCGGUGUGAGAUGGAAAUGAGAGGAGACCAAGUCAUGGAUGAAAUGAAAUCAGUAGAGAUUCUGAAAAUGAAACUUCGACAACUGAAGGAGGAUAUAAAAGCCAAAAUGCACAGAUUACUACAAAAUGUUGACAACAGGUCAAGGCUGCAAACAGUGUUGGAAGAAAAACUUACAUCCCAAGACAAACAGAAAGAAAACAUUCGCUGUUUCACUGAAAUGUUAGAGAGAGGAAAGGAAGGUGUGAGGAGUAUCCUUUCAGACAUGGUCACCAAGAGAGAAUGCACAGAAAAUGAAUGGCAGCAGCAGUUUGAACUGGACAAACGAGAUCUUGAUAAACUGAAAGAAGAUCUGAGACACGACAGAGAAGAUCUGGAGAGAGAAAGUGAGGUGCUGAAUAAAGAGAAGAUGGAUUUGAAGGUGUUGAUGUCUGACAUCAAGAAACAAUUUGAAAUAUUGGACGAAAAGAAACAAAAUAUAAAAGAAGAAAGAGACUCAAUGGAAAUCAUAAAGCUUGAACUGCUCCAUCAGAUGAAACAUGUAAACAGGCUGUUACAUGAGACAAAUGAAGAAAAAGCCAAGAUUAAAAUUUGUAUCCUUCAGCUUCAAACGGAAAAAGAAAGACUUGAAGACAUUUUAAGCAAGAUUUUCUUAACACAUAAUGAAGAAAAAGUCAAGGAAGAUGACCUCAGAAGACAAACAAAAGAAGUGGAAAUCAUGAAAAAGGAAUUACAGAGUGAAAGAGCAAAAGUGGAGAGUCUGAUGAGGAAUCUGAAGAAGAAGCAAGAAGAGCUUGAACGUGCAAAGGAAAUCAUGAGUGAAGAAAAAGAAGAGGUGAAACAGAUGAAGACUGACAUUGCCAAAGAACGAGAACUGUUGUUGAAGGAAAGGAGAAAUAUGGAAGAAGAGCGGUGUGAGAUGGAAAUGAGAGGAGACCAAGUCAUGGAUGAAAUGAAAUCACUAGAGAUUCUGAAAGUGAAACUUCGACAACUGAAGGAGGAUAUAAAAGCCAAAAUGCACAGAUUACUACAAAAUGUAGACAACAGGUCAAGACUGCAAACAGUGUUGGAAGAAAAACUUACAUCCCAAGACAAACAGAAAGAAAACAUUCGCUGUUUCACUGAAAUGUUAGAGAGAGAAAAGGAAGGUGUGAGAAGUAUUCUUUCAGACAUGGUCACCAAGAGAGAAUGCACAGAAAAUGAAUGGAAGCAGCAGUUUGAACUGGACAAACGAGAUCUUGAUGAACUGAAAGAAGAUCUGAGACACGACAGAGAAGAUCUGGAGAGAGAAAGUGAGGUGCUGAAUAAAGAGAAAAUGGUUUUGAAGGUGUUGAUGUCUGACAUCAAGAAACAAUUUGAAAUAUUGGACGAAAAGAAACAAAAUAUAAAAGAAGAAAGAGACUCAAUGGAAAUCAUAAAGCUUGAACUGCUCAAUAAGAUGGAAUGUGUAAACAGGCUGUUACAUGACACAAAUGAAGAAAAAGCCAAGAUUAAAAUUUGUAUCCUUCAGCUUCAAACGGAAAAAGAAAGACUUGAAGACAUUUUAAGCAAGAUUUUCUUAACACGUAAUGAACAAAAAGUCAAGGAAGAUGACCUCAGAAGACAAACAAAAGAAGUGGAAAUCAUGAAAAAGGAAUUACAGAGUGAAAGAGCAAAAGUGGAGAGUCUGAUGAGGAAUCUGAAGAAGAAGCAAGAAGAGCUUGAACGUGCAAAGGAAAUCAUGAGUGAAGAAACAGAAGAGGUGAAACAGAUGAAGACUGACAUUGCCAAAGAACGAGAACUGUUGUUGAAGGAAAGGAGAAAUAUGGAAGAAGAGCGGUGUGAGAUGGAAAUGAGAGGAGACCAAGUCAUGGAUGAAAUGAAAUCACUAGAGAUUCUGAAAGUGAAACUUCGACAACUGAAGGAGGAUAUAAAAGCCAAAAUGGACAGAUUACUACAAAAUGUUGACAACAGGUCAAGGCUGCAAACAGUGUUGGAAGAAAAGCUUACAACCCAAGACAAACAGAAAGAAAACAUUCGCUGUUUCACUGAAAUGUUAGAGAGAGGAAAGGAAGGUGUGAGGAGUAUCCUUUCAGACAUGGUCACCAAGAGAGAAUGCACAGAAAAUGAAUGGCAGCAGCAGUUUGAACUGGACAAACGAGAUCUUGAUAAACUGAAAGAAGAUCUGAGACACGACAGAGAAGAUCUGGAGAGAGAAAGUGAGGUGCUGAAUAAAGAGAAGAUGGAUUUGAAGGUGUUGAUGUCUGACAUCAAGAAACAAUUUGAAAUAUUGGAUGAAAAGAAACAAAAUAUAAAAGAAGAAAGAGACUCAAUGGAAAUCAUAAAGCUUGAACUGCUCAAUAAGAUGGAACGUGUAAACAGGCUGUUACAUGACACAAAUGAAGAAAAAGCCAAGAUUAAAAUUUGUAUCCUUCAGCUUCAAACGGAAAAAGAAAGACUUGAAGAUAUUUUAAGCAAGAUUUUCUUAACACGUAAUGAAGAAAAAGUCAAGGAAGAUGACCUCAGAAGACAAACAAAAGAAGUGGAAAACAAGAAAAAGGAAUUACAGAGUGAAAGAGCAAAAGUGGAGAGUCUGAUGAGGAAUCUGAAGAAGAAGCAAGAAGAGCUUGAACGUGCAAAGGAAAUCAUGAGUGAAGAAAAAGAAGAGGUGAAACAGAUGAAGACUGACAUUGCCAAAGAACGAGAACUGUUGUUGAAGGAAAGGAGAAAUAUGGAAGAAGAGCGGUGUGAGAUGGAAAUGAGAGGAGACCAAGUCAUGGAUGAAAUGAAAUCACUAGAGAUUCUGAAAGUGAAACUUCGACAACUGAAGGAGGAUAUAAAAGCCAAAAUGGACAGAUUACUACAAAAUGUUGACAACAGGUCAAGGCUGCAAACAGUGUUGGAAGAAAAGCUUACAACCCAAGACAAACAGAAAGAAAACAUUCGCUGUUUCACUGAAAUGUUAGAGAGAGAAAAGGAAGGUGUGAGAAGUAUUCUUUCAGACAUGGUCACCAAGAGAGAAUGCACAGAAAAUGAAUGGAAGCAGCAGUUUGAACUGGACAAACGAGAUCUUGAUGAACUGAAAGAAGAUCUGAGACACGACAGAGAAGAUCUGGAGAGAGAAAGUGAGGUGCUGAAUAAAGAGAAAAUGGUUUUGAAGGUGUUGAUGUCUGACAUCAAGAAACAAUUUGAAAUAUUGGACGAAAAGAAACAAAAUAUAAAAGAGGAAAGAGACUCAAUGGAAAUCAUAAAGCUUGAACUGCUCAAUAAGAUGGAACGUGUAAACAGGCUGUUACAUGAGACAAAUGAAGAAAAAGCCAAGAUUAAAAUUUGUAUCCUUCAGCUUCAAACGGAAAAAGAAAGACUUGAAGACAUUUUAAGCAAGAUUUUCUUAACACGUAAUGAAGAAAAAGUCAAGGAAGAUGACCUCAGAAGACAAACAAAAGAAGUGGAAAACAAGAAAAAGGAAUUACAGAGUGAAAGAGCAAAAGUGGAGAGUCUGAUGAGGAAUCUGAAGAAGAAGCAAGAAGAGCUUGAACGUGCAAAGGAAAUCAUGAGUGAAGAAAAAGAAGAGGUGAAACAGAUGAAGACUGACAUUGCCAAAGAACGAGAACUGUUGUUGAAGGAAAGGAGAAAUAUGGAAGAAGAGCGGUGUGAGAUGGAAAUGAGAGGAGACCAAGUCAUGGAUGAAAUGAAAUCACUAGAGAUUCUGAAAGUGAAACUUCGACAACUGAAGGAGGAUAUAAAAGCCAAAAUGCACAGAUUACUACAAAAUGUUGACAACAGGUCAAGGCUGCAAACAGUGUUGGAAGAAAAACUUACAUCCCAAGACAAACAGAAAGAAAACAUUCGCUGUUUCACUGAAAUGUUAGAAAGAGAAAAGGAAGGUGUGAGAAGUAUUCUUUCAGACAUGGUCACCAAGAGAGAAUGCACAGAAAAUGAAUGGAAGCAGCAGUUUGAACUGGACAAACGAGAUCUUGAUGAACUGAAAGAAGAUCUGAGACACGACAGAGAAGAUCUGGAGAGAGAAAGUGAGGUGCUGAAUAAAGAGAAAAUGGUUUUGAAGGUGUUGAUGUCUGACAUCAAGAAACAAUUUGAAAUAUUGGACGAAAAGAAACAAAAUAUAAAAGAAGAAAGAGACUCAAUGGAAAUCAUAAAGCUUGAACUGCUCAAUAAGAUGGAACGUGUAAACAGGCUGUUACAUGACACAAAUGAAGAAAAAGCCAACAUUAAAAUGUGUAUCCUUCAGCUUCAAACGGAAAAAGAAAGACUUGAAGACAUUUUAAGCAAGAUUUUCUUAACACGUAAUGAACAAAAAGUCAAGGAAGAUGACCUCAGAAGACAAACAAAAGAAGUGGAAAUCAUGAAAAAGGAAUUACAGAGUGAAAGAGCAAAAGUGGAGAGUCUGAUGAGGAAUCUGAAGAAGAAGCAAGAAGAGCUUGAACGUGCAAAGGAAAUCAUGAGUGAAGAAAAAGAAGAGGUGAAACAGAUGAAGACUGACAUUGCCAAAGAACGAGAACUGUUGUUGAAGGAAAGGAGAAAUAUGGAAGAAGAGCGGUGUGAGAUGGAAAUGAGAGGAGACCAAGUCAUGGAUGAAAUGAAAUCACUAGAGAUUCUGAAAGUGAAACUUCGACAACUGAAGGAGGAUAUAAAAGCCAAAAUGCACAGAUUACUACAAAAUGUUGACAACAGGUCAAGGCUGCAAACAGUGUUGGAAGAAAAACUUACAUCCCAAGACAAACAGAAAGAAAACAUUCGCUGUUUCACUGAAAUGUUAGAGAGAGAAAAGGAAGGUGUGAGAAGUAUUCUUUCAGACAUGGUCACCAAGAGAGAAUGCACAGAAAAUGAAUGGAAGCAGCAGUUUGAACUGGACAAACGAGAUCUUGAUGAACUGAAAGAAGAUCUGAGACACGACAGAGAAGAUCUGGAGAGAGAAAGUGAGGUGCUGAAUAAAGAGAAAAUGGUUUUGAAGGUGUUGAUGUCUGACAUCAAGAAACAAUUUGAAAUAUUGGACGAAAAGAAACAAAAUAUAAAAGAAGAAAGAGACUCAAUGGAAAUCAUAAGGCUUGAACUGCUCAAUAAGGUGAAACAUGUAAACAGGCUGUUACAUGGAACAAAUGAAGAAAAAGCCAAGAUUAAAAUUUGUAUCCUUCAGCUUCAAACGGAAAAAGAAAGACUUGAAGACAUUUUAAGCAAGAUUUUCUUAACACGUAAUGAACAAAAAGUCAAGGAAGACGACCUCAGAAGACAAACAAAAGAAGUGGAAAACAUGAAAAAGGAAUUACAGAGUGAAAGAGCAAAAGUGGAGAGUCUGAUGAGGAAUCUGAAGAAGAAGCAAGAAGAGCUUGAACGUGCAAAGGAAAUCAUGAGUGAAGAAAAAGAAGAGGUGAAACAGAUGAAGACUGACAUUGCCAAAGAACGAGAACUGUUGUUGAAGGAAAGGAGAAAUAUGGAAGAAGAGCGGUGUGAGAUGGAAAUGAGAGGAGACCAAGUCAUGGAUGAAAUGAAAUCACUAGAGAUUCUGAAAAUGAAACUUCGACAACUGAAGGAGGAUAUAAAAGCCAAAAUGCACAGAUUACUACAAAAUGUUGACAACAGGUCAAGGCUGCAAACAGUGUUGGAAGAAAAACUUACAUCCCAAGACAAACAGAAAGAAAACAUUCGCUGGUUCACUGAAAUGUUAGAGAGAGGAAAGGAAGGUGUGAGGAGUAUCCUUUCAGACAUGGUCACCAAGAGAGAAUGCACAGAAAAUGAAUGGAAGCAGCAGUUUGAACUGGACAAACGAGAUCUUGAUAAACUGAAAGAAGAUCUGAGACACGACAGAGAAGAUCUGGAGAGAGAAAGUGAGGUGCUGAAUAAAGAGAAGAUGGAUUUGAAGGUGUUGAUGUCUGACAUCAAGAAACAAUUUGAAAUAUUGGACGAAAAGAAACAAAAUAUAAAAGAAGAAAGAGACUCAAUGGAAAUCAUAAAGCUUGAACUGCUCCAUCAGAUGAAACAUGUAAACAGGCUGUUACAUGAGACAAAUGAAGAAAAAGCCAAGAUUAAAAUUUGUAUCCUUCAGCUUCAAACGGAAAAAGAAAGACUUGAAGACAUUUUAAGCAAGAUUUUCUUAACACAUAAUGAAGAAAAAGUCAAGGAAGAUGACCUCAGAAGACAAACAAAAGAAGUGGAAAUCAUGAAAAAGGAAUUACAGAGUGAAAGAGCAAAAGUGGAGAGUCUGAUGAGGAAUCUGAAGAAGAAGCAAGAAGAGCUUGAACGUGCAAAGGAAAUCAUGAGUGAAGAAAAAGAAGAGGUGAAACAGAUGAAGACUGACAUUGCCAAAGAACGAGAACUGUUGUUGAAGGAAAGGAGAAAUAUGGAAGAAGAGCGGUGUGAGAUGGAAAUGAGAGGAGACCAAGUCAUGGAUGAAAUGAAAUCACUAGAGAUUCUGAAAGUGAAACUUCGACAACUGAAGGAGGAUAUAAAAGCCAAAAUGCACAGAUUACUACAAAAUGUAGACAACAGGUCAAGACUGCAAACAGUGUUGGAAGAAAAACUUACAUCCCAAGACAAACAGAAAGAAAACAUUCGCUGUUUCACUGAAAUGUUAGAGAGAGAAAAGGAAGGUGUGAGAAGUAUUCUUUCAGACAUGGUCACCAAGAGAGAAUGCACAGAAAAUGAAUGGAAGCAGCAGUUUGAACUGGACAAACGAGAUCUUGAUGAACUGAAAGAAGAUCUGAGACACGACAGAGAAGAUCUGGAGAGAGAAAGUGAGGUGCUGAAUAAAGAGAAAAUGGUUUUGAAGGUGUUGAUGUCUGACAUCAAGAAACAAUUUGAAAUAUUGGACGAAAAGAAACAAAAUAUAAAAGAAGAAAGAGACUCAAUGGAAAUCAUAAAGCUUGAACUGCUCAAUAAGAUGGAAUGUGUAAACAGGCUGUUACAUGACACAAAUGAAGAAAAAGCCAAGAUUAAAAUUUGUAUCCUUCAGCUUCAAACGGAAAAAGAAAGACUUGAAGACAUUUUAAGCAAGAUUUUCUUAACACGUAAUGAACAAAAAGUCAAGGAAGAUGACCUCAGAAGACAAACAAAAGAAGUGGAAAUCAUGAAAAAGGAAUUACAGAGUGAAAGAGCAAAAGUGGAGAGUCUGAUGAGGAAUCUGAAGAAGAAGCAAGAAGAGCUUGAACGUGCAAAGGAAAUCAUGAGUGAAGAAAAAGAAGAGGUGAAACAGAUGAAGACUGACAUUGCCAAAGAACGAGAACUGUUGUUGAAGGAAAGGAGAAAUAUGGAAGAAGAGCGGUGUGAGAUGGAAAUGAGAGGAGACCAAGUCAUGGAUGAAAUGAAAUCACUAGAGAUUCUGAAAGUGAAACUUCGACAACUGAAGGAGGAUAUAAAAGCCAAAAUGCACAGAUUACUACAAAAUGUUGACAACAGGUCAAGGCUGCAAACAGUGUUGGAAGAAAAGCUUACAACCCAAGACAAACAGAAAGAAAACAUUCGCUGUUUCACUGAAAUGUUAGAGAGAGAAAAGGAAGGUGUGAGAAGUAUUCUUUCAGACAUGGUCACCAAGAGAGAAUGCACAGAAAAUGAAUGGAAGCAGCAGUUUGAACUGGACAAACGAGAUCUUGAUGAACUGAAAGAAGAUCUGAGACACGACAGAGAAGAUCUGGAGAGAGAAAGUGAGGUGCUGAAUAAAGAGAAAAUGGUUUUGAAGGUGUUGAUGUCUGACAUCAAGAAACAAUUUGAAAUAUUGGACGAAAAGAAACAAAAUAUAAAAGAGGAAAGAGACUCAAUGGAAAUCAUAAAGCUUGAACUGCUCAAUAAGAUGGAACGUGUAAACAGGCUGUUACAUGAGACAAAUGAAGAAAAAGCCAACAUUAAAAUUUGUAUCCUUCAGCUUCAAACGGAAAAAGAAAGACUUGAAGACAUUUUAAGCAAGAUUUUCUUAACACGUAAUGAACAAAAAGUCAAGGAAGAUGACCUCAGAAGACAAACAAAAGAAGUGGAAAUCAUGAAAAAGGAAUUACAGAGUGAAAGAGCAAAAGUGGAGAGUCUGAUGAGGAAUCUGAAGAAGAAGCAAGAAGAGCUUGAACGUGCAAAGGAAAUCAUGAGUGAAGAAAAAGAAGAGGUGAAACAGAUGAAGACUGACAUUGCCAAAGAACGAGAACUGUUGUUGAAGGAAAGGAGAAAUAUGGAAGAAGAGCGGUGUGAGAUGGAAAUGAGAGGAGACCAAGUCAUGGAUGAAAUGAAAUCACUAGAGAUUCUGAAAGUGAAACUUCGACAACUGAAGGAGGAUAUAAAAGCCAAAAUGGACAGAUUACUACAAAAUGUUGACAACAGGUCAAGGCUGCAAACAGUGUUGGAAGAAAAGCUUACAACCCAAGACAAACAGAAAGAAAACAUUCGCUGUUUCACUGAAAUGUUAGAGAGAGGAAAGGAAGGUGUGAGGAGUAUCCUUUCAGACAUGGUCACCAAGAGAGAAUGCACAGAAAAUGAAUGGCAGCAGCAGUUUGAACUGGACAAACGAGAUCUUGAUAAACUGAAAGAAGAUCUGAGACACGACAGAGAACAUCUGGAGAGAGAAAGUGAGGUGCUGAAUAAAGAGAAGAUGGAUUUGAAGGUGUUGAUGUCUGACAUCAAGAAACAAUUUGAAAUAUUGGACGAAAAGAAACAAAAUAUAAAAGAAGAAAGAGACUCAAUGGAAAUCAUAAAGCUUGAACUGCUCAAUAAGAUGGAACGUGUAAACAGGCUGUUACAUGACACAAAUGAAGAAAAAGCCAAGAUUAAAAUUUGUAUCCUUCAGCUUCAAACGGAAAAAGAAAGACUUGAAGAUAUUUUAAGCAAGAUUUUCUUAACACGUAAUGAAGAAAAAGUCAAGGAAGAUGACCUCAGAAGACAAACAAAAGAAGUGGAAAACAAGAAAAAGGAAUUACAGAGUGAAAGAGCAAAAGUGGAGAGUCUGAUGAGGAAUCUGAAGAAGAAGCAAGAAGAGCUUGAACGUGCAAAGGAAAUCAUGAGUGAAGAAAAAGAAGAGGUGAAACAGAUGAAGACUGACAUUGCCAAAGAACGAGAACUGUUGUUGAAGGAAAGGAGAAAUAUGGAAGAAGAGCGGUGUGAGAUGGAAAUGAGAGGAGACCAAGUCAUGGAUGAAAUGAAAUCACUAGAGAUUCUGAAAGUGAAACUUCGACAACUGAAGGAGGAUAUAAAAGCCAAAAUGCACAGAUUACUACAAAAUGUUGACAACAGGUCAAGGCUGCAAACAGUGUUGGAAGAAAAACUUACAUCCCAAGACAAACAGAAAGAAAACAUUCGCUGUUUCACUGAAAUGUUAGAAAGAGAAAAGGAAGGUGUGAGAAGUAUUCUUUCAGACAUGGUCACCAAGAGAGAAUGCACAGAAAAUGAAUGGAAGCAGCAGUUUGAACUGGACAAACGAGAUCUUGAUGAACUGAAAGAAGAUCUGAGACACGACAGAGAAGAUCUGGAGAGAGAAAGUGAGGUGCUGAAUAAAGAGAAAAUGGUUUUGAAGGUGUUGAUGUCUGACAUCAAGAAACAAUUUGAAAUAUUGGACGAAAAGAAACAAAAUAUAAAAGAAGAAAGAGACUCAAUGGAAAUCAUAAAGCUUGAACUGCUCAAUAAGAUGGAAUGUGUAAACAGGCUGUUACAUGAGACAAAUGAAGAAAAAGCCAAGAUUAAAAUUUGUAUCCUUCAGCUUCAAACGGAAAAAGAAAGACUUGAAGACAUUUUAAGCAAGAUUUUCUUAACACGUAAUGAACAAAAAGUCAAGGAAGAUGACCUCAGAAGACAAACAAAAGAAGUGGAAAUCAUGAAAAAGGAAUUACAGAGUGAAAGAGCAAAAGUGGAGAGUCUGAUGAGGAAUCUGAAGAAGAAGCAAGAAGAGCUUGAACGUGCAAAGGAAAUCAUGAGUGAAGAAAAAGAAGAGGUGAAACAGAUGAAGACUGACAUUGCCAAAGAACGAGAACUGUUGUUGAAGGAAAGGAGAAAUAUGGAAGAAGAGCGGUGUGAGAUGGAAAUGAGAGGAGACCAAGUCAUGGAUGAAAUGAAAUCACUAGAGAUUCUGAAAGUGAAACUUCGACAACUGAAGGAGGAUAUAAAAGCCAAAAUGGACAGAUUACUACAAAAUGUUGACAACAGGUCAAGGCUGCAAACAGUGUUGGAAGAAAAGCUUACAACCCAAGACAAACAGAAAGAAAACAUUCGCUGUUUCACUGAAAUGUUAGAGAGAGGAAAGGAAGGUGUGAGGAGUAUCCUUUCAGACAUGGUCACCAAGAGAGAAUGCACAGAAAAUGAAUGGCAGCAGCAGUUUGAACUGGACAAACGAGAUCUUGAUAAACUGAAAGAAGAUCUGAGACACGACAGAGAAGAUCUGGAGAGAGAAAGUGAGGUGCUGAAUAAAGAGAAGAUGGAUUUGAAGGUGUUGAUGUCUGACAUCAAGAAACAAUUUGAAAUAUUGGAUGAAAAGAAACAAAAUAUAAAAGAAGAAAGAGACUCAAUGGAAAUCAUAAAGCUUGAACUGCUCAAUAAGAUGGAACGUGUAAACAGGCUGUUACAUGACACAAAUGAAGAAAAAGCCAAGAUUAAAAUUUGUAUCCUUCAGCUUCAAACGGAAAAAGAAAGACUUGAAGAUAUUUUAAGCAAGAUUUUCUUAACACGUAAUGAAGAAAAAGUCAAGGAAGAUGACCUCAGAAGACAAACAAAAGAAGUGGAAAACAAGAAAAAGGAAUUACAGAGUGAAAGAGCAAAAGUGGAGAGUCUGAUGAGGAAUCUGAAGAAGAAGCAAGAAGAGCUUGAACGUGCAAAGGAAAUCAUGAGUGAAGAAAAAGAAGAGGUGAAACAGAUGAAGACUGACAUUGCCAAAGAACGAGAACUGUUGUUGAAGGAAAGGAGAAAUAUGGAAGAAGAGCGGUGUGAGAUGGAAAUGAGAGGAGACCAAGUCAUGGAUGAAAUGAAAUCACUAGAGAUUCUGAAAGUGAAACUUCAACAACUGAAGGAGGAUAUAAAAGCCAAAAUGGACAGAUUACUACAAAAUGUUGACAACAGGUCAAGGCUGCAAACAGUGUUGGAAGAAAAGCUUACAACCCAAAACAAACAGAAAGAAAACAUUCGCUGUUUCACUGAAAUGUUAGAGAGAGAAAAGGAAGGUGUGAGAAGUAUUCUUUCAGACAUGGUCACCAAGAGAGAAUGCACAGAAAAUGAAUGGAAGCAGCAGUUUGAACUGGACAAACGAGAUCUUGAUGAACUGAAAGAAGAUCUGAGACACGACAGAGAAGAUCUGGAGAGAGAAAGUGAGGUGCUGAAUAAAGAGAAAAUGGUUUUGAAGGUGUUGAUGUCUGACAUCAAGAAACAAUUUGAAAUAUUGGACGAAAAGAAACAAAAUAUAAAAGAGGAAAGAGACUCAAUGGAAAUCAUAAAGCUUGAACUGCUCAAUAAGAUGGAACGUGUAAACAGGCUGUUACAUGAGACAAAUGAAGAAAAAGCCAAGAUUAAAAUUUGUAUCCUUCAGCUUCAAACGGAAAAAGAAAGACUUGAAGACAUUUUAAGCAAGAUUUUCUUAACACGUAAUGAACAAAAAGUCAAGGAAGAUGACCUCAGAAGACAAACAAAAGAAGUGGAAAUCAUGAAAAAGGAAUUACAGAGUGAAAGAGCAAAAGUGGAGAGUCUGAUGAGGAAUCUGAAGAAGAAGCAAGAAGAGCUUGAACGUGCAAAGGAAAUCAUGAGUGAAGAAAAAGAAGAGGUGAAACAGAUGAAGACUGACAUUGCCAAAGAACGAGAACUGUUGUUGAAGGAAAGGAGAAAUAUGGAAGAAGAGCGGUGUGAGAUGGAAAUGAGAGGAGACCAAGUCAUGGAUGAAAUGAAAUCACUAGAGAUUCUGAAAGUGAAACUUCGACAACUGAAGGAGGAUAUAAAAGCCAAAAUGCACAGAUUACUACAAAAUGUUGACAACAGGUCAAGGCUGCAAACAGUGUUGGAAGAAAAGCUUACAACCCAAGACAAACAGAAAGAAAACAUUCGCUGUUUCACUGAAAUGUUAGAGAGAGGAAAGGAAGGUGUGAGGAGUAUCCUUUCAGACAUGGUCACCAAGAGAGAAUGCACAGAAAAUGAAUGGCAGCAGCAGUUUGAACUGGACAAACGAGAUCUUGAUAAACUGAAAGAAGAUCUGAGACACGACAGAGAACAUCUGGAGAGAGAAAGUGAGGUGCUGAAUAAAGAGAAGAUGGAUUUGAAGGUGUUGAUGUCUGACAUCAAGAAACAAUUUGAAAUAUUGGACGAAAAGAAACAAAAUAUAAAAGAAGAAAGAGACUCAAUGGAAAUCAUAAAGCUUGAACUGCUCAAUAAGAUGGAACGUGUAAACAGGCUGUUACAUGACACAAAUGAAGAAAAAGCCAAGAUUAAAAUUUGUAUCCUUCAGCUUCAAACGGAAAAAGAAAGACUUGAAGAUAUUUUAAGCAAGAUUUUCUUAACACGUAAUGAAGAAAAAGUCAAGGAAGAUGACCUCAGAAGACAAACAAAAGAAGUGGAAAACAAGAAAAAGGAAUUACAGAGUGAAAGAGCAAAAGUGGAGAGUCUGAUGAGGAAUCUGAAGAAGAAGCAAGAAGAGCUUGAACGUGCAAAGGAAAUCAUGAGUGAAGAAAAAGAAGAGGUGAAACAGAUGAAGACUGACAUUGCCAAAGAACGAGAACUGUUGUUGAAGGAAAGGAGAAAUAUGGAAGAAGAGCGGUGUGAGAUGGAAAUGAGAGGAGACCAAGUCAUGGAUGAAAUGAAAUCACUAGAGAUUCUGAAAGUGAAACUUCGACAACUGAAGGAGGAUAUAAAAGCCAAAAUGCACAGAUUACUACAAAAUGUUGACAACAGGUCAAGGCUGCAAACAGUGUUGGAAGAAAAACUUACAUCCCAAGACAAACAGAAAGAAAACAUUCGCUGUUUCACUGAAAUGUUAGAAAGAGAAAAGGAAGGUGUGAGAAGUAUUCUUUCAGACAUGGUCACCAAGAGAGAAUGCACAGAAAAUGAAUGGAAGCAGCAGUUUGAACUGGACAAACGAGAUCUUGAUGAACUGAAAGAAGAUCUGAGACACGACAGAGAAGAUCUGGAGAGAGAAAGUGAGGUGCUGAAUAAAGAGAAAAUGGUUUUGAAGGUGUUGAUGUCUGACAUCAAGAAACAAUUUGAAAUAUUGGACGAAAAGAAACAAAAUAUAAAAGAAGAAAGAGACUCAAUGGAAAUCAUAAAGCUUGAACUGCUCAAUAAGAUGGAACGUGUAAACAGGCUGUUACAUGACACAAAUGAAGAAAAAGCCAACAUUAAAAUGUGUAUCCUUCAGCUUCAAACGGAAAAAGAAAGACUUGAAGACAUUUUAAGCAAGAUUUUCUUAACACGUAAUGAACAAAAAGUCAAGGAAGAUGACCUCAGAAGACAAACAAAAGAAGUGGAAAUCAUGAAAAAGGAAUUACAGAGUGAAAGAGCAAAAGUGGAGAGUCUGAUGAGGAAUCUGAAGAAGAAGCAAGAAGAGCUUGAACGUGCAAAGGAAAUCAUGAGUGAAGAAAAAGAAGAGGUGAAACAGAUGAAGACUGACAUUGCCAAAGAACGAGAACUGUUGUUGAAGGAAAGGAGAAAUAUGGAAGAAGAGCGGUGUGAGAUGGAAAUGAGAGGAGACCAAGUCAUGGAUGAAAUGAAAUCACUAGAGAUUCUGAAAGUGAAACUUCGACAACUGAAGGAGGAUAUAAAAGCCAAAAUGCACAGAUUACUACAAAAUGUUGACAACAGGUCAAGGCUGCAAACAGUGUUGGAAGAAAAACUUACAUCCCAAGACAAACAGAAAGAAAACAUUCGCUGUUUCACUGAAAUGUUAGAGAGAGAAAAGGAAGGUGUGAGAAGUAUUCUUUCAGACAUGGUCACCAAGAGAGAAUGCACAGAAAAUGAAUGGAAGCAGCAGUUUGAACUGGACAAACGAGAUCUUGAUGAACUGAAAGAAGAUCUGAGACACGACAGAGAAGAUCUGGAGAGAGAAAGUGAGGUGCUGAAUAAAGAGAAAAUGGUUUUGAAGGUGUUGAUGUCUGACAUCAAGAAACAAUUUGAAAUAUUGGACGAAAAGAAACAAAAUAUAAAAGAAGAAAGAGACUCAAUGGAAAUCAUAAGGCUUGAACUGCUCAAUAAGGUGAAACAUGUAAACAGGCUGUUACAUGAGACAAAUGAAGAAAAAGCCAAGAUUAAAAUUUGUAUCCUUCAGCUUCAAACGGAAAAAGAAAGACUUGAAGACAUUUUAAGCAAGAUUUUCUUAACACGUAAUGAACAAAAAGUCAAGGAAGACGACCUCAGAAGACAAACAAAAGAAGUGGAAAACAUGAAAAAGGAAUUACCGAGUGAAAGAGCAAAAGUGGAGAGUCUGAUGAGGAAUCUGAAGAAGAAGCAAGAAGAGCUUGAACGUGCAAAGGAAAUCAUGAGUGAAGAAAAAGAAGAGGUGAAACAGAUGAAGACUGACAUUGCCAAAGAACGAGAACUGUUGUUGAAGGAAAGGAGAAAUAUGGAAGAAGAGCGGUGUGAGAUGGAAAUGAGAGGAGACCAAGUCAUGGAUGAAAUGAAAUCACUAGAGAUUCUGAAAGUGAAACUUCGACAACUGAAGGAGGAUAUAAAAGCCAAAAUGCACAGAUUACUACAAAAUGUUGACAACAGGUCAAGGCUGCAAACAGUGUUGGAAGAAAAACUUACAUCCCAAGACAAACAGAAAGAAAACAUUCGCUGUUUCACUGAAAUGUUAGAAAGAGAAAAGGAAGGUGUGAGAAGUAUUCUUUCAGACAUGGUCACCAAGAGAGAAUCCAGAGAAAAUGAAUGGAAGCAGCAGUUUGAACUGGACAAACGAGAUCUUGAUAAACUGAAAGAAGAUCUGAGACACGACAGAGAAGAUCUGGAGAGAGAAAGUGAGGUGCUGAAUAAAGAGAAAAUGGAUUUGAAGGUGUUGAUGUCUGACAUCAAGAAACAAUUUGAAAUAUUGGAAGAAAAGAAACAAAAUAUAAAAGAAGAAAGAGACUCAAUGGAAAUCAUAAGGCUUGAACUGCUCAAUAAGGUGAAACAUGUAAACAGGCUGUUACAUGAGACAAAUGAAGAAAAAGCCAAGAUUAAAAUUUGUAUCCUUGAGGUUCAAACGGAAAAAGAAAGACUUGAAGACAUUUUAAGCAAGAUUUUCUUAACACGUAAUGAACAAAAAGUCAAGGAAGACGACCUCAGAAGACAAACAAAAGAAGUGGAAAUCAUGAAAAAGGAAUUACAGAGUGAAAGAGCAAAAGUGGAGAGUCUGAUGAGGAAUCUGAAGAAGAAGCAAGAAGAGGUUGAACGUGCAAAGGAAAUCAUGAGUGAAGAAAAAGAAGAGGUGAAACAGAUGAAGACUGACAUUGCCAAAGAACGAGAACUGUUGUUGAAGGAAAGGAGAAAUAUGGAAGAAGAGCGGUGUGAGAUGGAAAUGAGAGGAGACCAAGUCAUGGAUGAAAUGAAAUCACUAGAGAUUCUGAAAGUGAAACUUCGACAACUGAAGGAGGAUAUAAAAGCCAAAAUGCACAGAUUACUACAAAAUGUUGACAACAGGUCAAGGCUGCAAACAGUGUUGGAAGAAAAGCUUACAUCCCAAGACAAACAGAAAGAAAACAUUCGCUGUUACACUGAAAUGUUAGAGAGAGAAAAGGAAGGUGUGAGAACUAUCCCUUCAAACAUGGUCACCAAGAGAGAAUGCAGAGAAAAUGAAUGUAAGCAGCAGUUUGAACUGGACAAACGAGAUCUUGAUAAACUGAAAGAAGAUCUGAGACACGACAGAGAAGAUCUGGAGAGAGAAAGUGAGGUGCUGAAUAAAGAGAAGAUGGAUUUGAAGGUGCUGAUGUCUGACAUCAAGAAACAAUUUGAAAUAUUGGACGAAAAGAAACAAAGUAUAAAAGAAGAAAGAGACUCAAUGGAAAUCAUAAGGCUUGAACUGCUCAAUAAGAUGAAACAUGUAAACAGGCUGUUACAUGAGACAAAUGAAGAAAAAGCCAAGAUUAAAAUGUGUAUCCUUCAGGUUCAAACGGAAAAAGAAAGACUUGAAGACAUUUUACGCAAGAUUUUCUUAACACAUAAUGAACAAAAAGUCAAGGAAGAUGACCUCAAAAGACAAAUAAAAGAAGUGGAAAUCAUGAAAAAGGAAUUACAGAGUGAAAGAGCAAAAGUGGAGAGUCUGGUGAGGAAUCUGAAGAAGAAGCAAGAAGAGCUUGAACGUGCAAAGGAAAUCAUGAGUGAAGAAAAAGAAGAGGUGAAACAGAUGAAGACUGACAUUGCCAAAGAACGAGAACUGUUGUUGAAGGAAAGGAGAAAUAUGGAAGAAGAGCGGUGUGAGAUGGAAAUGAGAGGAGACCAAGUCAUGGAUGAAAUGAAAUCACUAGAGAUUCUGAAAGUGAAACUUCGACAACUGAAGGAGGAUAUAAAAGCCAAAAUGGACAGAUUACUACAAAAUGUUGACAACAGGUCAAGGCUGCAAACAGUGUUGGAAGAAAAACUUACAUCCCAAGACAAACAGAAAGAAAACAUUCGCUGUUUCACUGAAAUGUUAGAGAGAGAAAAGGAAGGUGUGAGAAGUAUUCUUUCAGACAUGGUCACCAAGAGAGAAUGCACAGAAAAUGAAUGGAAGCAGCAGUUUGAACUGGACAAACGAGAUCUUGAUAAACUGAAAGAAGAUCUGAGACACGACAGAGAAGAUCUGGAGAGAGAAAGUGAGGUGCUGAAUAAAGAGAAGAUGGAUUUGAAGGUGUUGAUGUCUGACAUCAAGAAACAAUUUGAAAUAUUGGAAGAAAAGAAACAAAAUAUAAAAGAAGAAAGAGACUCAAUGGAAAUCAUAAGGCUUGAACUGCUCAAUAAGGUGAAACAUGUAAACAGGCUGUUACAUGAGACAAAUGAAGAAAAAGCCAAGAUUAAAAUUUGUAUCCUUCAGCUUCAAACGGAAAAAGAAAGACUUGAAGACAUUUUAAGCAAGAUUUUCUUAACACGUAAUGAACAAAAAGUCAAGGAAGACGACCUCAGAAGACAAACAAAAGAAGUGGAAAUCAUGAAAAAGGAAUUACAGAGUGAAAGAGCAAAAGUGGAGAGUCUGAUGAGGAAUCUGAAGAAGAAGCAAGAAGAGGUUGAACGUGCAAAGGAAAUCAUGAGUGAAGAAAAAGAAGAGGUGAAACAGAUGAAGACUGACAUUGCCAAAGAACGAGAACUGUUGUUGAAGGAAAGGAGAAAUAUGGAAGAAGAGCGGUGUGAGAUGGAAAUGAGAGGAGACCAAGUCAUGGAUGAAAUGAAAUCACUAGAGAUUCUGAAAGUGAAACUAAUUGCGAAGAAAUCUCUGAAAGGUGAAAUGUCUGAUGUACAAGUCAGAGAGGACAUCCUCAGUAGUGUUACAAACUCUAUAAGCAACCUGAUAGGAAAACUAAAUAGACUGAUUCAUCAAGCCUUACCGACAUACAUUAAUAGAUUAGAGGGGGAAAAUGAAAAAAUAUUACAACUGAUCUCUACAUAUGAACACAAUUGUGUCAGAAUUCAUAAGCAGAAAAUUAAAAUAACUACAGAUUAUGAGAAGGUACAACAACAAAAGAAACAUGUGUUUAAGAUAAUGUUUGACAAAGCAAUCCAAUCUGAAGAUGUUGUAAAAGAAUGCUUACAUGAGUAUCAGGCUGAAGAGACUAAUGAACAUGAAUUUGAGCAGAGGAUGGAGGAUGUUACAGGUAAUCUUGAAGGAAGCAACAGAUACUUGACACCUGACAAGGAUGGUCGGCUGUUAGUAGGAGAAUGUGAAGAAUUUGAAAAUGUCAAGAAAACAAAGCUUGCGACGUUGUCCAUCUUGUCAGCAGAGGAAGAUGACUUCACACAGAAGGGAAUUUUAAAAACUGAGUUUUUGAAACAAAUCUGGAAGGACACUAGAAUCGAACGAAAUGAGAUAAAUCAGAUGAAGCUCAGAGGUCAAAAAAUGAGAAACAAUCUGCAUAAAAGAGUAAAGGUGAUCAAUCAGUUUGUUAGGAGAUCAAUAUUACAGAAAGAAAAGACAUCAGUUAAGAAAGCAAGAAAAAUGUUGGAACAUAAUACCUUUUUAUCUGAAAGUGGCAGGGAUGGAGAUCACAAAUCACUUGAUGAAAAAUAUACCGAGCUCCAACAACUUAAGGUCCGCAUGCUUAGUGAGAUUGAGAAAUUCCACAUACAAAACAAAGCGUCUAAGACACUGACAACUAGCAACAAAGCUAAUCAAACAGUUCAACUAGAUUCUCCAAAUAUCUAUCAAGAGCAAAUGAAGGUAGAAGAAUCUGAAGCAGCACCAGAGAGAUCUCCUGGACUCCUCUGUCAGCUCCGACUUUCCUGUUAUCGCUGUUGCUCCCGUUAUUGUGCCUACUGCAAGCAAGGAUGUCCAAAGAAAAAAUGAGAGGCAAGAAAAGUGCUACAUAAAAAUCAGUCCAUUUACCAUUUGUUUUACUUUAUAGUUAUAUUAAUAUGUGUGUAUUUGGAAAAUGUGUUUUUCCUAUUAAUCAUCAUAACCUAACAACGUAAGAGUAUCAGUCUGAUGUCAAUCAUCUAAUUCUUAAACAACUAGUUAUGUAAUGUAAAACUAUUCCUUUAACAUGUUUUUUUUUCACAAAUGCAGAAUAUUAAAGUGUAACAGAUAAUCUUAACAUUUUUAAUUACAUUUUUAUGCUGAUUUCUAAUUUAUCUUCUUUCAACAUAUUUAUUCUGCUGUCUUGUGUUAGAAUAAAGAAGCACAAAGAAUACAGUAAAAUCAAAGCUAACAAGAAUAUUUGAAAACUGUGACUCCAUAUAUAUUCAUAUUUAAAUGAAAGAAAAAUGCAUGUUUAACAUAAAUUUUAUCCCUAAAUAAAUCUUUUUCCA